AUGAAAGUACUUAUAUCGAUGGCCCCGGAAGAGGGCGAAGGAUAUGCAAGCCAUGUUUGGCGCAAGCAGGUGACCUUGCCGAAAGGCUGGCUAUCUUCGCCAUGUGAGCGCCUGAAACUCUUCGUGGUCAAAAGCUACAACCAGGCUCAUCCUGAGCAGCCUGACAUUGAUGCAGAGGCUUGGAAGCUUUGCUGCGAGACAGGGGAGAUGUCAGAGGUCGUGGGGGAUGAAGAUCUCAUCUCGGAGGUUCUGCUGGCUUCAGAUGAGCUCGUCUUGCGGUUGGGAGCCGCGCCGGCCAGGUCGAGUGGCACCCUGCGAGGUAGAGCAACGGCGGCAGCGUCUGACCAGGCCUGUCGAGCAGCCGUCCUCGUUCCACUGGACAUUGCUGUCCUUGAAGCGCUUCGCAAGUCUGUCGAGGAGGAUGACGCAGCGUCGUUCCGCAGUGCUGUAGACGCAGCAGGCCUUCAAACACCACAAGAAGUUCCGAUUUCUGAGCGGGAGCUCAAAGAUGAUGCGGGCUUGGUUGUUGGAAUGGAGUGGUUGGGACUGGGCGGCUGCUUUGCCUGGGACACCGAUGCUGGCAAAGGGGAGCUUCCGGCCAACAAGUGCAGCCUCGCGGAGUAUGCUGAGAAGAAGCGUGCAAUGAAUAUCUUGAGGGUCAUCGAGCUUGCCGAUCGGUGUGCUAUACGCCUUGGUUCGCCUGGAGAAGAUCGGAAUGUGUCCGACAUUGAAGCCAGCGCAGGCAAUUUCGCGGGCAUGGCCUAUGAAAUGAGACGUCAGAUGGCCGCACAAGACUCCGCACGUGAUGGGGCGUGA